AUGUGGACGCCGACGUGGCAUAGUCCUUUGUUAUCUGACGAGGUGGUUGCUUAUGUGGCACCACCUUACCCCCACCACCACCAAUCGCCACCACCAUUAGCCACCACCACUACCACCAGCCACCACCAGCCACCUCCAGCCAUCGACCAUCACGAUCAGCCGCCACCACCAGCCACCUCCACAACCACCACCACCACCAUCAGCCGCCACCACCCACCUCCAUCGUCAUUAAUCAUCACCACCCACUACCAUCAACCACUACCACCCACCUCCACCGCCAUUAGCCAUCACCACCAACCUCCUCUGAUAUCUCUUUUCCGGCCAAACGAAGCAACAAGACCCCAAUCUGACUGUCACAAUUGA